AUGUUGAACCUUGACGUGCAGAAUACAGCUGAUUUAGGACGAUUUCUGCGAUCUGGUUUCAAAGAUCUCAGUAGAGAUUCACCACAGCAAGUCAUUUUGUUCUAUGCUGGGCAUGGCGCCCAACUUCCAACGGGAGAGGUCUACAUGAUUCCUGGAGACUGCAGCAAUGACGAUCUAAGUUCCUUGGGUUCUAUAGAUAUUUGCGCACUUUCCAUCAGCAGUGCUCUGAGAUUUUGGUCUGAAGCCUUCAAGAAGGAUUCCAAAGCAAGGCUGCUGAUCAUCUUCGAUGCUUGUAGGAAAAUCAUAGAGAACUUUCCAGUGAAGGCUGGCUACAAUGUCGAACAACCCAGUAAACCCACAGAGGAUAUUCAGCUGAAACAAUGGGCGUUGUACAUGACAUGCCCGAGUGGUUCAAAGACUUUUGAUGAUUCAGAGUUCAUGAAAUACUUGAUGCAUGACAUAAAAGGAGUUUUUGGAAUCAAUAAUGAAUUGAAGGAAGUGCUGGAUCAUGCUGCAAACCAUUGCGAAAAUGUUUCUGAAUUCAAUCGUUAUAAGAUUGCUACACCGCUCUGGAAAAAAACAUUUCAAAUCAAGAACUAUCCAGGUUUCAAGCAACUGAGGCAACAGGAAAAAUUGCAGAGGCGAUUGUAG